AUGCCAACCAAGGCUCUUGGAGAAACUCUUAGAGAGUACACCGUCAUCGGACGCAGACUUCCUACCGAAGCUGAACCAGUGACUCCAAUCUGGAAGAUGCAAAUCUUUGCCAGCAACCACGUUAUUGCUAAGUCUCGUUUCUGGUACUUCGUCUCUAUGCUUCGUAGAGUCAAGAAGGCUAACGGAGAAAUUCUUUCCUGCCAAGAAGUCUUCGAGAAGAAGCCAGGAUCCGUCAAGAACUACGGUGUUUGGCUCAAGUACGAUUCCCGUACUGGACACCACAACAUGUACCGUGAGUACCGUGAUGUCACUGUUGCUGGAGCUGUCACUCAAGCCUACCGUGAUAUGGGAGCUCGCCAUCGUGCCCAAGCCGACAGAAUCCACAUUCUUAAGGUUCAAGUCAUCAAGGCUAGCGAGACCAAGAGAGCUGGAAUCAAGAUGUUCCACGAUUCCAAGCUUGCAUUCCCACUUCCCCACCGUGUUACCAAGAGAAGAAAUGCAUCUCUCUUCACCACCGCUAAGCCAAAAACCCACUUUGCUUAA